UCUCACACAUCUUUUCUCUGCUAACCCGCCGUGUUUUCUACAAUGCCGGAGCCGGCAAAAUCCGCCCCCGCGCCCAAGAAGGGCUCGAAGAAAGCCGUCACUAAAGCCCAGAAGAAGGACGGCAAGAAGCGCAAGCGCAGUCGCAAGGAGAGCUACUCCAUCUACGUGUACAAGGUGCUGAAACAGGUGCACCCAGACACUGGUAUCUCGUCCAAGGCCAUGGGCAUCAUGAACUCGUUCGUCAACGACAUCUUCGAGCGCAUCGCGGGCGAAGCGUCCCGCCUGGCGCACUACAACAAGCGCUCGACCAUCACGUCCCGGGAGAUCCAGACGGCCGUGCGCCUGCUGCUGCCCGGCGAGCUGGCCAAGCACGCCGUGUCCGAGGGCACCAAGGCCGUCACCAAGUACACCAGCUCCAAGUGAGCCCCUGCCAGGACGUGGCGCUCGCACGAGUCGCCGGGCCGCUUGCCUCCAAAGGCUCUUUUCAGAGCCACCCACCUAAUCAGAAAAGAGCUUUGUUCACUUGUCUUCCCUCUCAAUUCUUUCUCACAAAGUAAGUUACUCUAGUUGGCUAAAGGUCACGGAAGAUGUAUACGUAGCUUUUUAAUCCCAUCUGACGAGGUUUCUGGAGCGUGACUGGCUUUGCUUUUUAAUCUAGGGCGCGUCUUAACCCCUCACUGUGCUGCUUAGCUUUCCUAUGAGUCAGUUCUAAAUUAGGAUAUCAAGACUGCUUGUCCCCACCCUCCGCUCCCGGACUUCUUGUCCUGGUGGCUCUGUUCGGUAUGUUUCAUCGGCGUUCUAAAACGAAGUGAGUGAUUUCAACGAGGAAGGACCCCAAGACACAACUAAGCCCGGGUCCUGAGAACACUGCGUCACUGUCCUGAGGAAUUCUCCGUAGUUCGACAGCUGCUUGGGUGCCGGAUCACCAGUUCUACCCUGCGAUGUGGCCUUCUGUGGAUACCAGCCGUUCGGAGUACUUCGGGUGGAGCCCGCGCUGCAUGGUUUCAUCUUUCCCGUGAUUGGACGACAUGAAUAUUCAAAAUCACGCGCGGCUCCAGAAUGGAUAGAUUGUGGUUUCCGCCGCUCACUUUGGCGCUUUGAAGUCCCUAUUAUUUCUCGGUUUGUGGAUCGUUUUUUGCAUUUAAUUCUUUUCUUGGAACGCUCCGGCCUCGGGUCACUGCAAGGCACUAGUCAUUUUAGUCUGGGUUUAAAAAUCCUCUGAGAUCCUUUCAAGUCAUCCACUCAGGAAUUUGCGCCUCUCGUUCCUGCCUGUCCUGGCCCCUCACUGUGUUUUGUCUUCCUCCUGGCGGGUGUCAGAAAUUGUCUCGUUCUUUUAUUUUCUUUAUCGUCUUUCUUCUCAAGUCCUUAACAGAAACUGCUGGUCUGGUUUUCCAAUGUAUCGUCAGCGCCAACCAGUACUUGGCACACAAUGGACACUUGAAUUAAUUCAUUGAAUUUAUUUUCCUGUCCCACCCCUUUCUUAAUGGAUGGGUGAGGUAUACUUUAGAUGUAUGUGAAGACACGAUGAAAAUGGAAAUGUUUUUGGAGCUCCUUCCCAAGUCUGUCCGUGGUCACCUCACCUCAGGUCAAUAGCUUGGAGGAGGCCUGUUUUUUUGUUUUUGUUUUUUGGUUUUUUUUUGUUUGUGUUUUUUUGGUUUGUUUUUAUUUUGUUUUGUUUUUUGCGCCAAAAAGGAAGGAGAUGGCAAUUUGAAGUCCUCCCUUUAUGCUUCUCACUUUGGCCUAAUCUCUCGGAUUUUCAUUAAAUUCAGAACAUUGGUCACUGGAAAGAUCCUUUUCCUUUCUCCUUUUCUGACGCCCCUUCCCCAUCCUGAUACCUUGUUCCCCCACCUAGAUGAGCUUUAAUUUACACUCACCAUAUCUCACUUGCAGGGUGGAGGGUAAACUCAGUGGUAGAGUGCAUGCACUAGGUCUUGGGUUCAACCCCCAGUAUCCCCAUUAAAAAAUUAAGCAAAUAUAGAUAACCUAAUUACUCCCCCUCCACCAAAAAAACAAAACAAAACUAAAAAACAACGCUAUCUCAGGAGACCCUGUAAGGUAAACUAGGUUAGUAUCUCUUUAAAAACAAGAUUGCAAGAAGUAAAGUUAUUGGUCCACUGGUCGUGCAGGUAACAUUGUUCACCUUUGUAUCCUCAAAUGUGAGGACAAUUGCAUUUUAGUUUUAUUUCAUGUAAUUACAGAAUGUUGAAUCUUUCUGUCCAAGCCUUGAUUUUGCUAAUAAAGACACUGACAAUCUAAUCAGUUAUUCAGUUCUGCUUUUGGUUAAGAGGUCCUGGAGUUGAUUGCAGGGGUUUCAUGAAUCCAAAUGGACUCCAGACAUUAUCAGAGACUGAAUAAAUCUAUGUUUCCUACAUGUGUGUUUUCAAAUGUGUGUAGAUGCUAUUAUUAUUAAUAAAGUUAUCAGUUAAUUUAAAA